AUGUCAAAAGAUUUAUCAGUGCCACCUGAAACCCCUAAAGAAGAUGGCAGACCCAAGUGGGACAAUAAGUUCCAGUACAUUUUAAGCUGUAUCGGAUUUGCUGUUGGUCUGGGGAACGUGUGGCGGUUUCCGUAUUUGUGUCAGAUACAUGGAGGCGGUGCAUUCCUGAUCCCAUACUUCAUUGCUCUUCUCUUCGAAGGAAUCCCACUGUUGCAUCUUGAGCUGGCCCUAGGACAACGCCUCAGGAAAGGCAGCAUCGGUGCCUGGAACAGCAUUUCUCCUUACCUGGGAGGAGUUGGGGUUGGUUCAUGGAUGGUGUCAGUUCUGGUGAGCUUAUACUACAACACUGUCUUAACCUGGGUAAUGUGGUAUUUCAUAAACUCCUUCCAAGAACCACUUCCUUGGAGUGUUUGUCCUCUAAAUGAAAAUAGAACAGGACUCAAUGACGAGUGUUCUGAAAGUACCGCAGUAAAUUAUUUUUGGUACAGGAAAACUUUGAACAUAACACCUGAUGUCACUGAGAGUGGCACGUUGCAGUGGUGGCUCAUUUUGUGUUUAGCAGCUUGCUGGGUAAUUGUCUAUCUCUGCACCAUUCGAGGAAUUGAAACCACAGGAAAGGCAAUUUAUGUAACAGCAAUAUUUCCUUACCUGGUCCUAACUAUAUUCCUUAUUCACGGACUCACUCUGCCCGGAGCCACUGAAGGUCUGGCUUACCUCUUCACCCCUAAUCUGAACACUUUGAAAAAUCCCCGUGUAUGGCUCGAUGCAGCUACCCAGAUUUUCUUCUCUCUCUCUUUGGCUUUUGGAGGGCUUAUUGCAUUGUCAAGCUACAAUCCACCAAAAAAUGAUUGUGAAAAGGAUGCUGUGACAGUAGCAAUUGUGAACAGCAUGACAUCCCUCUACGCUUCUAUCCCAGUCUUUUCUGUUUUGGGGUUUAAAGCAACCACAGGCUACUGGGACUGCUUGGACAGGAACAUUAUCAGCAUCAUCAAUGAAUUUGAUCUUCCAGAAGACAGCAUCGUGCGACAGAACUAUACAGCCUGGAUUAGUUUCCUAAAUUCAUCGUAUCCAGAAAAAAUUGCUGGACUCAAACUGAAAAGCUGUGACCUCCAAGAAUUUCUUGAUCAGAGUGUAUCAGGAACUGGCUUGGCUUUCAUCAUUUUCACUCAAGCCAUUAUGCUAAUGCCAGGCUCCCAGGCCUGGGCCAUCCUGUUUUUCAUAAUGUUGUUCUGCUUGGGCCUUUCUUCUAUGUUUGGGAACAUCGAGGGAGUCUUCACUCCUCUUCUAGAGUUUCGAAUUAUAUCUCAAUCAAUGCCCAAAGAGCUAUUGUCUGGUAUAAUAUGUCUAAUUCUCUUCCUCAUUGCUCUGUGUUUUACACUGGGUUCGGGGAGUUACUGGAUUGACAUUUUUGACCGCUAUGCAACCUCGUUGCCUCUUCUUGUCAUCGCUUUCUUUGAAGUGAUCGGGGUUGUGUAUGUCUAUAAAAUUAAAAGGUUCAGUGAAGAUGUGAAAUGGAUGACUGGACGAAAACUCAAUCUCUACUGGCAGAUCACAUGGAGGUUUGUUAGCCCUCUGCUCCUGCUAGUUGUCUUCGUGGCCUUUGUUACUCUCCAGAUACAGAAGCCAUCAGCCUAUGCAGCCUGGAACCCUAAAUAUGAAGGCUUCCCUAUGAAAGAGGAGAAAGUUUAUCCACCUUGGGUCCUGGCCAUCUGUGUGCUGUUAGCUGUCCUCCCUUGUGUGUUCGUACCUCUGGUAGCACUCUUCCAUCUGAUCAAACAAAAGUGCAGAAGCAAGGACCCAAGCCUUGUACCACCAGGAGUGUUCUCAUGUCAGGGGGCUAGCAGCAAUUCUUCUCAUCCAAAAGAAUAA